UUACACAGAAGUGUGUGGGGAUUGGUUGUUCCACCAUCCUAUUGCGUGACGUUGAGUGCUGAAGCAACCGUUUAUCCCACCCACACUGCCGCCCAGCCCUCCUAGACCCUGGUACAGCUUUUUGCUGUACGGCUCUGGCUGCGCUAGGCUAUGUGUGUGUAGCUCGGAGAAGAACACUGGGCGCCGCAUGCAUAUUGCAGCGCUACAGACCACAACUGAAGUUUAGCUGUUAAGCCUGUAACGGUGCAUUCUAUUCGUAUGAUUUAAUUUGGACAUUAUGGCUGAAGCGAGCGACCAACCGGAGCUACAAAAUCCUCCCCCGUCGUUAAGAUCACCCGUUUGGGAGCAUUUCGGUUUCCCAGUGAAAACCUGCGACGGAAAAAAGUGGAUAAAACGAAGGUGAUAUGUUGUCAUUGUAUUGGUGAUGCCGGCUAUACUGAUGGCAGCACUUCAAACAUGCUAACUCAUCUGAGACGGCACCACCCAAGUGCUAUUAGUUCUAGUUCUACCGGGACAAGAAAGAAAGCCCCCGUAGCGCAAACGCCACUGUUAGCUGCGUUCAAGCAUCCUUUCAAUCACAAUUCCAACCGGGCUAAAGCCAUUACAACAUCCAUUGGGGCUUUUAUUGCAUCGGAUCUCAGACCCUAUUCAGUUGUGAUUGAACCACGAUACGAAGUACCUAGUCGUCCACAUUUCAGCCAGAAAGUAAUUCCAGACCUUUACAAACAAACCAAAUCGGCUGUCCUUGAAGAGUUAUCAAAAGCAUGUGCAAUAGCACUGACAACUGACGGAUGGACAUCCAGAGCUAACGAGAGCUACAUAACAGUGACGGCCCAUCCCAUCACCCCGGAGUGGAAUAUAGCUAGCCAGGUCCUGCAAUCGAGAGCUAUGCACGAACAACACACUAGCGCUAACCUAGCUGAGGGGCUGAAGGAGGCUGUGUUGGAGUGGAAUUUGGAGAGGCCAGGGACAACAAUUGCCGUCACAACAGACAACGCCCGGAAUAAAGUAAAUGCUGUGAUUGAAGCUGGAAUGGGUCCCCAAAUUGGGUGUUUCGCACACACCAUUAAUCUUGCUUCUCAGAAAGCCACAAGCCUCAACCAACUAGCCAGACUGCUAGGCAAAGUGAGACGCGUCGUGACAUUCUUCCACCGUAGCCUAACAGCUGCACACAUACUGGAGCGUAAACAAGAGAUGCUUAGUCUGGCGAAACAUUGUCUUAUUCAGGACGUAUCCACUCGAUGGAAUUCGAGCUACGAUAUGCUUGUAAGGUACCUGGAGCAACAGGCAGCAGUGUACACGGGACUGACAGAACAGCCUCUCAAGAAAAAGGACAUCAGCACAUUGUCUGACCAAGUGGUGAGAAGGGCUGAGGAAGUGAUUGUCGUUCUGAAGCCAUUAAAGACUCCCACAACAGUCAUAAACCGAAGCUACACCUUCAGCAUCCAUGAUCCUGCCCCUCAAAGCCACAGUUCUCCACUCUAUGGAGCCAAAUGAUGGGGACAGCGCCAUAGUGACCCAAGUCAAGGCUGCCAUCAGGGAAAACCUGGAAGACAGGUACUCCUCUUGCCAAGACUUCCUCCACAAAUGCACAGCCCUUGACCCGAGGUUUAAAUCUCUUCCUCAUGUGGAUGACGUCUGUUGUGACAGGAUCUACAACAGCCUCAGCACUGAGAUUGUGGCCAUAGAAGAGGAGCAUGAGGAGGCCAAAGGGACAGCAGCAGCUGCUUCACCCUCACACACAGAACACCCAGAAGCAUCUGAAUCACCUCCUCCGGUCAAGAGGUCAGCGAUGACCGAACUGUUUGGUGAGCUCUUCCAGACUGAGGUAGGAGACAAAAAGAAUACUUUGCAGCAGGUCAAAAAAGAAGUUGCUGCAUACAAGGCAGUGAGCAGCAUUUCACUCGACUCUGACCCACUUCUAUGGUGGAAGAAGAAAGAGUCCACAUAUCCCCUCAUUGCCAAGCUAGCAUAA